AUGCUUUCUGAUGAAACAAUAUCUACAGCACCAUCAUCUUAUAGUGUAUCUAAUGAUACAAGUAUUAUAUUACUUAGUGAACCAGGAAUAAUUCCAUUUUUACCAAAUGUCGUUAAUUUUAUAGCACCAAAUGCAACAGAAUGUGUUUGUCAAGAUUUACAAAUUCAAGAUUAUACAUCAACAUAUGAAUGGUUUAAUUUCAUUCUUAUAAUUUUAGCAUUACCAUCAUUAUCUGUAUUUGGUGUUAUAACAAAUUUUAUAAAUUUAUAUAUAUAUUCAAGACACAAUAUGCAAAACUCAGCCAAUACAUACCUUUUAUUUCUUGGUUGUUCAGAUUUUCUUGUUAUUGUAACUGGACUUUUUAUUUUUUGGAUUGAUUCUGCACGAUCAUAUAUACAACAAUUGGCAAGAGGACCCUAUACAACAGUAUAUACACUACCAUUCGGGUAUAUGGCUCAGACAUGCUCAAUUUAUUUUACUGUUGCUGCUGCUGUUGAUUGUUAUGUAAAAGUAUGUUGGAAACGUUUUGCAGAAAAAUAUUGUACCGUUUCAACAGCUAGAAAAAUUUGUGCAUCUGUUGCUUUAGGUUCAAUAUUAUAUAAUUCAUUAAGAUUUCCACAAUUUAAUUUGAGAAGUUGUUUACAUACUGGUAGUCAGGAAAUUGUUAUUGAAAUUUGUCCAACCACUUUAUUUUUUACAAUAAAUACAAUAUACAAUAUAUAUAUGUAUAUGGUGUUAAUGACACUUUUACCAUUUAUGCUUCUUUUAGUAUUAAAUGCAUUUAUUGUUGUAAAACAAAGUAUAAAAAAUAAUAAUGAACAAAUUCGAAGAAUAUCCACUUCUGAAGAUGUGUUAAGUGCCAAUUCUAGUAAUCAAACAACUACAAUAGUUAAUACAAAAUCAGAAAAAAAACAAAAUGCCGGGGAUGAUACUGUUACAAUGAUAAUGGUUGUUGUUCUAUUUUUAUGUUGUAAUACAUUAGCAUUAAUAGUUAAUUUAAUAGAGACAUUCUUUGAGCCUGAUCCACUUUUACUCAAUUUUUUAUCUGAUGCCUCUAAUUUUCUUGUUAUUUUUAACUCAUCAGUCAAUUGUGUUAUUUAUAUUAUUUUCAAUAAGGAAUAUCGUGAAGAAUUUAUAAAUCUUUUUUCAAAUUUUAACAAAUUAUGUUGUAAAAAGUCAUCAUGUAAUGAAUGUUCCUCUGAUAAUAUAAUUAUUAAAGAUACAAAAUUAAUACUUAAUAAAGAGAUACCAUCAAAUGAAGAAAAAUCAGAAGUUUCUUCACCUAUUUGGAAAUUACAAACGUUAUCUAAUGAUUUAAUUCAAAAUAACUAUAACAUUUAUAAUAAUAAUAAAUGGAAUGAAGAGAUAGCAAAAAAAUCUAAAUAUACAUCUUAUAAUCCUCAGAAUUAUGAAUUUCUUUUGGUGGAUAAUGACUUUGAAGCUGACAGUGGAUUAGGAGGAGAUUCAAAUGGAGAAUUACAAAACCAUUCAGAAUUAUAUUUAAAAUCUAUGACAAAUCAAACAUUUUCACAAAAUCAUUCUAUAUCAUUACCAAUAACAGCAUUUUCAAACAGUUCCCAUCACUACAUUCGACAUCCACUAAAUAGAUCCUACAAAAUUGAAGAUUUUUCAAAGAAAAAAAACACACCAACACAUUCAGAGUAUAAUGAAAACAAAUCAAAUCAUAGGGUCAUUUCAGUAGCAAUGACUUCAUUGUGA